AAAUAUGUGACGAUAUUCACAAAUGUAAUAUACAUAUAACAAUUAAUAUCUCUUUAGCCCUAACACUAUUACUCAGCCAAAUGUUCGACGACUGGACCGAGCCAAUCGCAAAUCAAGAUCGUCAAAUGAUGUUAAAGAAUGCGAGAAUUAGUCGAAUGAUAUCCAUAGUCUGUUCCACUCUAACGUAUCUCAUGCUUUUCGCUUUUAUAUCGCUGCAAAUUUGGAGUAAUAUGCAAAGUGCGUCAGAAGCCGAUCUAGGAGGACUCCUUCAUCCAGCCACGUUCCCUUACGACACAAGCAAAAGUCCAAAUUUCGAGAUCACAUGGCUAGGACAGUUUAUGGGCACAGUGUUAACCGCAAUAUGCUAUUCUUGCUUCGACACGUUCCUUGCGGUUGUUGUGUUACACUUGUGCGGUCAAUUAACUGUUGUUAGAAUGGCUCUCAAGGAUCUAGCUAACACGAUGAAGAAGGAUAAUAAUUACGAAAGAUUCCAUGAACGACUAGGAUUCAUUGUGAACAGGCACAAUCUGUUAUCUAGGUUGGUAUAAACAAUUUCAUAGUGAACUAAAAAUGUUUAUUGAAAUGUUUAUUAGAAUGGGUCUUAAAGGAAGGU